GUCCCCACAAUCUACUAGCAGGAUAUCAGGGAUCAGUUCAAAUCAUGGCACAUUUUAUCCCCUCCCAUAUUGCCUCCCUUCAUCGCGCAAGCGGCGCUGAAAUUAACAAAGUGAAACUAGAUUCACAUUAUUAUGAGAAGCCUCUGCACAGGCCAGACGAGCCUCAAAUACCGAAGCCCCAGUUAUUUCAACCGUUAGCAUCGCCAAAUAAUAAUCGAAAUGAUCUCCCCACCAUCAGCGAAUGUGCUGCCCACCUCGAGCUUCUUGAAGUGUUCCACACUCUCCGGGAAAGAGUCCUGCAAUCCACAGAGCUGGACAACAGCUUUGGCAUCAAACCUAACAUAAAAACGGUCUACCGCAAGCGAUAUUCGUCUGCAAAACGCAAAUAUGAGUCUUAUACAGUCAGCAUCAAGGACAACACGUUCCAAACAAGGAGAAAACAAAAAUGGCCCUACUUCCUAGAGCUUGCAGUCGGCCGAUUCGUCCAAUGGAUCAAGAUUAUUGACGGAAUAUCUUUAUCCAGUACCAGCACAGAAAGUGCCGACUCACCGUUAGGGUUGGGGCUAUUACCGCCCGUCGACGUCCUUAUGGUGUGGCAUGCUUUCUUACUGAAUCCCAAUGACUUUAACUUCUACUGUGUUAAGCACCGGUUGCAACGGAUGCGCGAAGCUUCCCUUCCAUGGUUACAGAUUCACGAAGCUAUAAAUUCGCGGAACUGGUCAUACAGCCUCCCAAAGGCUCACGGAGAUUGGCUACAAGAAAAUACACAAGUUGCGCCCGAUCUCUUCCAAGAGCUCGUUGAAAUCGGCAAAAAGCCCAGUGGCAAAUAUAUCCUUUCUGAGUACAGGUCUGAGUCGAAGGGGAGGAUUCCUUUGUCCCAAUUCAUCCGUGAUCUUUGGGGGGUAUCUCGGAGUCAGAUUUCUUUCGCUCAAAUAGUUGAAGUCACCAGGUCCGAAGCUCGCAAGAAUAGUCCCUUAGUCGAAAAUGUCGAGCGGCAAUUGAAGUUUGCAGAGAAGAUGCACGCUCAUCUUUGGAUCCGCAGCCCUGCAGUUGAAGGGACAAUCCGUCGUGCUAUUGACCGCUAUGAAAAGUUCCUUCAGUUGUUUCGCGAUUAUCCCGACAGGACGAUGGUCCCUACGCUAGAUGUUGAUCUGGCAUGGCAUACUCAUUUAUGCAGCCCGGAGCAGUACCGGGCAAGCCUGCUCCAACGGACUGGCAGAAUGGUUAACCAUGAUGAUAAGUUGGGGAAGUCUUUCUUGCAUCGCCGGUUUGACAAAACGCAUGACCUAUUCAGUGUGGUCUUUGGACAGCAAUAUCACGUCUGUCUUUGCUGGGACUGUGAAGCCAUUUCAUCUGCAAUGGAAGCUUUUGCAACCAAGGAUGAUGUGGAUAUUGUGGACGAUUUUGAACUUGAGGCUGAUGAUUUUGUGCAGAGGGUGGAGGAGGAUGUGCAUUAUCAUAGAGCCGUUGAGAUUGCAAGACGGAAGGGCAUUACCCUUCCAGUGCGUUGAUGCGUGUAAUACAUUCAGUCAUUGGUGGUGGUACAA